ACCAUUGAAAUAUCUCUCUCUCUCUUUCUUUCUCUCUCUACUAAUGCACACAAACAUUGCACACCAUUUACUCCACCUUGGUGUUCUGCUGCUCCAUUUGUCUUCUCACUUCUUUGCUCUCUUUCUUUGGUGCUCUGGAAUCAUGAAAGAGUUUGCUAUCCUUCAUUCAUUCCAUACUUGCUCAAAUCUAUCCCAUCUUUAGAGUGCCAAAGCUAUGUUUGGAGGAAUGGGCAGAAUGAGGCAGUGGUGAAAGAGUGAUACUUUGCAAGAGGUUGUUUAGUUUUCUUUAGCUACUGUGACUGGGAAGGUCUGUGUUAAUGGGAAGAGGCAGAGGUAAGGGAAAGAAGUUGACUGUUGUCCCUAGUCAUGAGGAUCCGGGGAGCGGUGGUGAAGAACCCCUUCCUGCACAUAAGAGAAGGGGAAGGCCACAAAAGCCAUUGAAAGAUGACAUUGAUGAGGAGGAGAAUGAAAAGAUUGAAGAAGAGGAAGCAGAAGGGGAUGACAUUAAACCAACCAUUUCAAGCAAAGAGAUGAAAGGCGUGGUGCUGGAGAACGGGAGGAAGCGGAAGCGACAACCAGUGAAAGAAAGCUCUGACUCUGCUUUAGAAGAAAAUGGAGCUGGUGCUAAAUCUGGCAAUGGGGAUUCGGCUAAGCCUAAUGGUUUUCGUCAAAACAAAAAUCGCCGUAAAAGCAAGCCUAGGCGGGCUGCUGAAGCAGUAGUUGAAUGCAAGUGAGAUAUCUGACGGCCAGUUCUUGAUGGUUGUCUCCUUUUCUGGACAGAUGAUUAUACAAAUCUCAACAUCAAUUUUGCUUCUCAAUUCUGCUCUUCGUCAUCUUUUAGUUUUUUUCCUUUCUUGUUGGUAGUUAACUUAAACUGCAAGGCUAGGGGCUGGUUACACUGAUUUAUUGUCUUCCCUGGAACCGCAAAGUUAGUAUUAAAUAUUUGCAAUCAGCUUAAUUUUUUAUA